AAUAACGAAACGUCGAACCCGGAAAGAAGACAAGUCUAGUGUAAUCCGAUCACGCAAACAAACAGACGUGAGGGUUCAGUGCAUAGGUUUUAUUUUUUAUUUUUUAGUAUAUAUUUAUGUAUCCAUGAAUAUUUGGUGUCUACGUUGUUCCUGGAGUUUGCCUGCCAUGAUCCUGCGCGCCGGGCUCGGCUGCGUCCGCUCGUAGCGCCGCUGCCGCCGCUGCUGCGGGGCGCUGGCUGUGGCGCACACAGCGGUGAUAUGCGAGAGUGGCAGCAUGCCAUACAUUGACCGGCUGAACCGCGUGUGCGGCUUCCUGGACGUCGAGGAGAAGGAGAGCAGCUGCCGCUUCCAGAGACGAUACUUCAUCCUAGACACCAAGGGAAAUGCCCUGCUCUGGUAUAUGGACAAUCCCCAGAACCUGCCCAGUGGAGCCAGUUCUGUUGGAAGCCUAAAAUUAACCUACAUCUCCAAGGUGAGUGAAGUUACAGCAAAGCAAAAGCCAAAGACAGAGUUCUGCUUCGUCAUUAACGCAGUUUCACGGCAGUACUUCCUCCAAGCCAAUGAUGUGACUGACAUGAAGGACUGGGUGGCUGCUCUAAACCAAGCCAGUAAAAUAACUGUCCCCAAGUAUUGCCCCCCACCAGUGAGACCUGAUGUGACCCCUGAGAUCAACGUGACUCACAAAGGGAAGAGGCAGCAGGCCUACAAGACUGAGAUCAUUGGCGGCGUGGUGGUCCACACUCCCAUUCAGAAUGACGCUGAAGAAACAAAUGGGAAGGAGAGGAAGGGGAACAGGCCUGGUGUGUUGAGAUGUGGUUACUGUGUUAAACAAGGAAAUGUGAGGAAGAGCUGGAAGAGGCGAUAUUUCACCCUGGAUGAUAACGCAGUCUGUUACUACAAGUCUGAAAAUGACAAGGAGCCCCUCCGAGCUGUUCCGCUGAGAGAAAUUCAAAAGGUCCAUGAAUGUCUCGUCAAAUCAGGGGAUCUGCUGCUCAGAGACAAUCUUUUUGAGAUCAUCACCAGCUCUAGAACGUUCUAUAUCCAGGCUGACUCUCCAGAGGAAAUGCACGGCUGGAUCAGGGAUAUUGACUCAAAGAUCCAGGAGUUUAGAGGGCCCUCAAGAGUGCCAGGCUCCCAGUUCAAACGAUCAUCUUCACUCUACCGGUGCCCCAAUGCGUCCUCUGCAUCUCGCCGCCAACCAGGCGAUGAUCGGAGGCCUCAGCUGGUCAAGUCCUGCUCUGUGGCACCGGGCUGGCAGCCUUGGACUCCCGUUCCAGUGGGCGAACCCUCUGUAAUGGACACAGAGGAGGAUGAAGGCUCGUUCAGCUCUUUGACCACCCUGAUUUCCCCAUCUUCCUCCUCUUCCUCCACUUCCUCCUCCUCCAACUCCCUCACCACCCCAAACCCUUGCCUCAGCACGUCUCCAGUUCCUUCCAGCAGCGGUUUGGGGAUCCUCACAGCAUCAGCAGAUGCAGCCAGCGGUCGCAGGCGGCACCGCUCGCAGCCACAGCCUCCCCGCAGCUUCCCCUUCAGCCUCGAUGACGAUACCAUCCGCACCACAGACGUGUAGCUCCAAGAGCUCUGUCCGAACUCCCACGUAGAUCCAAGUAUUGGUACUUGUUGGGUAAAAAUGAAUGUGACUUGUAAUGAUAGUAUUCUCUGCUAAUGAAGAGACACUGUGUCUGUUUACUGUGGCGGGAUAUUAGAGCCCCCUGCUGGUGUUGAAACUGUAUCACAGAUGAAGGAUGCACCAACGUGGUGGGAAGGGCAGUGGGGGGGGGGGCACAGUGUUGUUCAGUGGACUGUGAAAAGGUAACCAGACUGGAGUGUUUUAGUGCGAGCUCCACAGAAAACUUGAAAAUGUCUUAAAUGUUUUGGCAAACUUUGAUUUGAUGGCACAUGCUUUUAGCCUUUGCACUUGCCUCUCAUUGGAUUUGUGUCCUGUAGGUCACCCCUGUUACAGAGUAUUCUCAAAAGAGUGUUUAAAGGCAUUGGAACACAUUUAUAUGCAUAUUUCUUAUUUUUGUAGUCAAACUUCUUUUCACAAAAGACAGUCAAAUAUUAUGGACACUUCCAUUUCUACACUGCUCCAACAAGUGUUUUUCCUUCUAUUUUAAUAAAGAAAAAUCAAACAUUGUUUUCAUAACCACAAAAGUUUUGCUUCUAACUUUUUGCUCCAUGUCUUGAACCGAGACUUUCAAAUCCAAGAGGAGUUUUUUUCUGGGGUGGCAGCUUAGUACCUUCCCGCAGUGUUUCAAUGGUACUUGUGCUGGUGUCAAAUAGCAGCAGCUGCUGCAUGCAUUUGCUGUUUGAAAGCUUUAUAAAUGUGAUUGUGUUAUUGCACCUCAGAGUGGGAUGAUUUGCCACUACUUUUAGUACUUUAUCUGUAAUUCUGCACUUUGCAUUUCUAAUAUUUACCCGUGUUUUGUAUUAUUUCUUCCCUUGUCUCUGCUUUCUUUCAUGGUAGAUGAUUGGCCGGAUAUGCACACCCCAACCGCACGCAUUUUUGCUGGUAUUUUUGAUAUGAAAAAGUGCAGCAAAGUUUCUCCAGAUAAUGCAUGUGCACACAUUUUGGGUCAAUUGUGAAGUAGAAAAUAGGGGUGGAAGGUUGAGAGGACACAAUCUGGUUUCCUAUCAACGUCUGCCAUUUCACUGUGGGUGGUGUGAAUAUGGCAGCCAUUUGAAAUAGCCAUGUGCAAGAGUGUCAAUGUUUCAAGACUUUGCAUGUAGCUAAAAACGACCUUUAUACACUUAUUUUCCAGGCUUUAAGGGAUUAGUGUGCUGCGUGAAUUCCUAAAGGUUUUAAAAUAGUUCUCACAUCACACAUUUUUAUCGGUGUCCUCCUGAUUAUCUACAUUUUCACUGUGUCGCUUCUGCAGCUUUAUUGUACACUCUUUGCUGUGAACUUUGAGUUAUUGCUUUUUUGUAUUUUUUUUCUCUUUUGUUUUGUUUUAAAGCCAAAAAUAUAGACCACUGAAUGAAAAAAAAAAGUUUUGAAAAACUUGCAUAGAAAGUUUCCACAGUCAUUUUUCUAAACGAAAUGCAAACUGUACUAUCAUUUUCAAAUAAAGUAGAAGAUCUGGUCCCAUUAAUGGUUGAAAACAGGAUGAAAUAUAAGCUUUUUGCAUAACUCACAAUGACUAAGCUUAAAUAAAGAGACCCAUCUGUUAAAAAUCUGU